AACCCAACCCAUAUUAUAUGUCAACAACGAUCCAUAUAUGAAAUGAUCUGUCUCACUGUCAGUCUGCACUGGCGCUACAUUGAAAAGUAGAGUCUGUUCCUUUAAAUGCCAGGACCGUAUGAUGUCAGGGGGAGUGCAGUUCAAAUGCAGUCCAUGUGAGUUGCUCUCACUUCCUGCACAGGGAGAGACAGGCGGAGAGAGAGCGACGCAAGACAGAGGGGCCUGGGUACUGGAGUGUAGAGACCCUGCAAACUUUGCUUUUUAAGAAAAUACUGCACCGCUGACAUAUCCCAAAUCGUUUGCUUUAUACAGAAGGAACCCUGCGGAUGCGUUCCCAGACAGCUGCUGCCCCAGUGAACUCCUGAAGACUGCCCCCAUUCCCCAGCACCAUGUCCCAGCUGCUGCACAUGGAGAUCCCCAACUUUGGGAGCACGGUGCUGGGCUGCCUGAAUGAGCAGAGACUACUUGGACAGUACUGCGACGUGUCCAUUGUGGUCAAGGGCCAGGCCUUCAAAGCUCACCGGGCGGUCCUGGCUGCGAGCAGCCUGUACUUCCGCGAUCUCUUCAGCGGCAGCUCCAAGAGCCACUUUGAGCUGCCCUCCACGGUGCCUCCAGCCUGCUUCCAGCAGAUCCUGUCCUUCUGCUAUACAGGCAAGCUGACCAUGGCAGCCAGUGAACAGCUCGUCAUCAUGUACACAGCCGGGUAUCUGCAGAUCCAUCACAUUGUGGAGCGGGGCAUGGACCUCAUGUUUAAAGCCAGCUCCCCUCACUGUGACUCCCAGACUGCUGCUGUGGAAGACCCAGGAUCAGAGCCUCAAAGCCCCUGCAAUAACAACCUUGGACAGGCUGCAGCCUCCACUUUGACCUCUACAGGCUGGUCCCCAACGCUGCCUCUGUCCCUGCGCAGCCGCAUCAAACAAGAAGGUAUGGAGUCUCCUCUGGCUCUCCAAGCGUUGGCUCACAAGCGCGGACAGCAGGACCAGGUUGUGCUGGGCGCCAGGCUCGCCCGAGGGGCUCCACUCUACUACUCUGGCAGUAGCGCUAGUCUUGGGGCUGUUUUCUCCAGUGCCCAGCUCUACCCUGUGCCCACUGGGGAGCGCUCGAGCCCAGGUGCCUCUAGCCUGCACACAACUGACAGCCCCACGUCCUACCAGAAUGAGGAGGAAGAGUUUGAAGAUGAGGUGUAUGAUGGGAUCAUAGAGGACCCUUAUGGGCAGGUCUAUGGGAGAACACCAGCCACGUAUGCCAUCCAAGAGAAGUCUGAUGUCGCCACCAUGCCCGUCUCGCUGGAGAACCGCUCCUGUGUGCUCCUUCGAAGGGACCUGGUGGCACUCCCUGCCAGUCUCAUCAGCCAGAUUGGGUAUCGGUGCCACCCCAAACUAUACUCUGAAGGGGACCCAGGAGAGAAGCUGGAACUCGUAGCAGGUACAGGGGUGUACAUUACCCGAGGCCAGCUGAUGAACUGUCACCUGUGUGCCGGCAUCAAACACAAGGUGCUUCUGCGGCGCCUGCUAGCUACCUUCUUUGACAGGAACACUCUAGCUAACAGCUGUGGGACAGGAAUCCGCUCAUCAACCAGCGACCCCAGCCGGAAACCGCUGGACAGCCGAAUCCUCAACGCUGUCAAACUGUACUGUCAGAAUUUUGCACCAAAUUUCAAGGAGAGUGAGAUGAAUGUCAUUGCGGCUGACAUGUGCACCAAUGCACGGCGUGUCCGUAAGCGCUGGCUUCCCAAGAUCAAGUCAAUGUUGCCGGACGGGAUGGAGGUGUACCGCGGUGGAGUGCCCGGUGCUGGCGUGCCGGGGCAGGGAGCUGCUGGCCUGCUUUUCGAGCCUGAUUUCCAACCGCUGACCGCUGCCGGUUUUAGCUUUGAGCAGCGGAUCUACACCGAGCGCAAAGAACCGUCAAGAACUCAUCCCAGCCCCGGCCUCGAGCUGGAGGGAAGCCCCGACCCACCCUUCGAACCAGAGGGGCAGGAGCCCGAGGGGGAGGGGGAGGAGGAGGAGGAGGAGGACGAUGUAGGGCUUGCUGAAGCCUCUGGGGGUCCACAGGCACAGACCCCCCUCAAUCUUGCGGAAGGCAGCGGCGGUCGACCACACACGCCUGAUAGACGGCAAGAGGAAAAUGGAGAACCACUGCAGAUAAACAUGCAAUGAGUGUCCGGCAACGGGAAACCUAUACAAAAUCAACAGGCAUAUAUACACACCACACACACACACCUACACACACAGGCAUAUUAUGUUACUUUUCUCUCCCCCACAGUACCCCAAAUAUUACACGCUUGCAAUGACAGCCACACAGUUUCUAAUUUCCUUACUGUCAACAGAAUUUCCAUCAGCAUGUUUUUGUUGAGAGGACCAUACAAUUUAAAAACAGCAGUAACUACUCCCUAUAAAACUAUAGGGAUGGGUGGAUUUUUAUUGACACAACAAAUAAAUAAAAAAAAGGAAACAUGAAAAGCCUGCCAUUUUUGUUUAUGAACUGCAUUAGUAUGGUUCUGGAAAGAAGAACCUAUAAAAAUGUAGCUGUAGAUACCCAAGAGAGACUUAAAUAAACCUGUACCUAAAGAAGGUUGUUACAUACAGGUAUAAAUUCAUGCACUUGCAAAUGUCUGCACACACAAACAGCUGCUAGCGCUUGCACCCCACAUCAUAUGCACGUACGCACACACACAAUGCUUGCAUGCAUAACUAAUCAAGAAUACAAUUAUCAAGCCACUAACCUGCAAAAUUGCUUUGGUUGUCUGAAGAUAUACUGCAACAUUUCAGACUGCUUUAUGAAGAAUUGAAGAUUCAGGGCUUUAAACUGCUGGGAAGGGAGGUGAGGUGGGGGAGCUGGACAACAAGGCUUGCUGAGUGAUCAGCCCCAGAAUUGGCCAAAUACCACAUUCAUCUGUCCCUUUGAGAGAAGCCUUUUUUUAUUUGAUAUAAACGCCUGCUGGUUGUGUACGUUUGCACUAGAGAAGGGAAGUUCCUCGGAUGAGAGGAACAUGGACUGAGAAUCCUAAUUCAAUCUUGUAUCAGAGGGAAACAACGUCUGAAUAUGCUGGAGUUUGCCUGCAAGCUGCCUUGAUGAUCCAUUGACUGUUAAAAUAGCUUCAGCUGGUUUUGCACACUGCUGUCUGCAUGACAGGGCAGGUCAUGUAAUGAAGGAGACGGAACCCCUUUCCUAUCUGAGACCAGCAGCUUCUCAGACCCUGGCACCUGUUUGCGGUGACCGGCAGCCUUAAUUUAUUUUAGAAAACUAGAGAGACCACCAGAUGUGCUGGCACCCCACCUUUCUCUUUGGUCUUUGACAACUAAUGUAUCUACUUUCUCAAACUCCUUUGAGUUUUGCUCGGUCCACGAGAGCCAUUCUAUGACAGACAGUUUGAAACAAAAACGUACACUGGAAUUACCCAAUAGGGGUCUUGAAUAUAUCAUCUUUAAAAUAAAAUCCAGACGUUCCUAUUUCUGGUUCUCUCAGACACAACAGAUUGGUUCUCAUAAGAAUCCUUUUCUGUUGAGAUGCUGUCUGGGGAGGUAGAUAGGGGGACCGUAGCCUUUUGCAGGAGCUUUGUUACUGGACCCCACUUGUCUGCGCAGGGAAGGGGUCUGGGUGUUAUUGCACUAUGGUUUACAGGAAUGGUGAGAGAACACUGGCCGACCUAAAGAAUGUGAAGUGGAUAUGUGUGUGCCUUUGUGUAUGUGUGUGGAUAGCACCUUUGCAAACUUUGUAUGAGAGCAUAACACUAUUUUACUAAAAUUGUACACCAUAUGAAUGAGUUUGACCAGGAUUUGGCACUACCCCCUUUACAAAUUCUUUACUGUUCAUUAAAAAAAAAAAAAAGGUUCAGUGGCUAAGGUAUUUGGGGAUGUUUGGCAUGACAGUGGAGGCUCUUUGCAACAGCUCUAUAGCUGUAUGGAUGGCCUUUGCUAAGUUAGUUUGCUGCAUUUCACUAUCUCCCCUUAAUCCCUUCUUCCUGCUCCUGUUUUCACAUCUAAUUGAGCUCUUACAAUAUAAUGUGUUGCAGCAAAGGUUAACUGUGUGGGCCUGCAAGGGGUAAAGGGACAUUCUCCUCCUUGUCUCCUUGACAGAAGCACAGAAAUAGCCAGUGCUAGAUAAGGUUCUGUGUUUCCUUAAGAUUGUGUCAAAAACGUUUUGCAUAUUGAUUUAAAGCAAAAAUUAGGAUGUCUUCCACAAUGAGGAUCUAUAAAUGCUGAACGAAACAUAAUAAAUUCAAUGACAAACUUUUCAACUAGACGUUAAUAUGUGUCAAAGACUGAGAGAGACUUCUAGUUGAAACAUUGUCAUUUGAAUUUAUUACUUUUCGUAUUUGUAAGUGUAGCACUACUGUGAGUGUUUAAAAGCUGUGGAUCAUAAUGAGGAGCUGCUUGUAAAAUGUUUGUGUUUUUGAUUUUUCACAUUGUAUAGUUUUAUAGGCAAUCUCAUAUUUGACAGAAGCAGCUGCACUGAUUGGUGAAAGACAUUCGUGUUGCAGGCCCAUUUUAAUUCUGUAGCUCCAGUAUCUUACCAUACGUGUCAGAUCUACAUUUUACAACUUUCUUAUGAAUUGAUUAUUCUCCAUUCUGGUAUUUGAACCAGAUCUGUAUCCAUGUGCAUGUGGGAAUGUAUAGAUCUACUACAAGAGCAAUGUACAGAAACUGAAGUUCAAUGACAAAAGUUUGGAGUAGACAUUUUCAGUGUCUUCACCUGAAGUCCAAACAUUUUUAGAAAAUUUAUUUUAUUAUUUAUAAAUAUAGCACUACAGUGUUUAGUUAUAGAAGAGAAGGGUAAUGUUUGAAGAAAAUCACUGGAAAGAUGUGGAGCUGUGAAUUGUGGGCUUCAGCAGCAGAUUAAUAUUUUGCCCAGUCAGUGUAGAACACAACAUUUACUAUUAUGAAUGCGCAGCAAUGAUAUGUAUGUGUUAAUGAAACAUUACCAAAAUGAAAAAAUAGAUGAAGAAACAGUAUGAAUAGUGACAGCAUCGGUGUAAGGAUCUCCUAUGUGUGGGAGAUGACUGCUUGGGAGACAAAAGGAGAGGAUGUCGCUUUAGCGAUCCACGGUGACGUUUAGUGCAAGGAUAUGGUUAGUGUGCUCCCAUUAUGGGGGGUCAAUCUGAGUGCCUUAAACUCCUUCGAUGUAGAGCAUGAGAGACUAAGGCUUCAUUUCCACAUGCUUGCUGAACAGGAGUGCUCUACGAGGAUAUUCGAAACGCAGCACUGCAGUUCAAUAUAGUGUUGACACAGGUGCCUGAAAAGCAGGCAUCUUCAAAGUUAGUGCUGCACAAUGGCAGGACUUGCAGUGCUCUGUUUCUGGCCCUGUUGAGUGGCUUUAAUGCAUUAACAAAUAAAACUGGCAUAAACGCAUGGAUUUGUUGCUAAUCAUUUUUACAGGACCAGCCAAUAGGAGCACUCCCCAUCAACAGCUUUAUGAAUGUUUUGUUUAAGAGUUUGAUGCUGUUUCUUAUCACACUUUUAAAUGUAAUGUGUGCUUUUCUUAGCCCCUGCUAACUCCUGUGCUGCAUUGUUAGGAGCAUGCUGGAUAUUUAAUUAGGUGGUCCAUAUGUCAAUGCUUUUUGUCUGAUGUGUGCUUGGUUUACCUUUUCACAUUAAAGUUCAGGACUCGCAGGAAUAGCACCUGAAUAUCUUAUGCACUUCCUUUGAGUUUUGAAGUUUUUCAUUUUCAAUUCAGCUCUCUUAAUUCAUGUCGAUUUAGUUUUGUUACAAAGGAACAUGGAAUGAAUAGGGGUAAUUUAAACCCACAUGUAUUAACAGGGCUGAAUUCAAAAUUAAUUGAUUCAGAACUUCGAGGAAGUGCUUAAGAUAUGCAGAUGUUGUUCCUGUGGUAUUCAGUCCGAAUUCAUUGUGAAUUUGCGACCAUUAUUUGAAAGUGUUAUCGUGAGGAUACAACAAAGCAAGCAUGUGGAAAGUGUCUGUGGCAGGGAUCCCUCUCGGUGCCACAGGGUCUGACAUGAAGGGGAAUGUUACUGACUGUACUUUGUAAAAUAGAAAAACAAAGGAAAAUGACUUUUGAACUGUGGUGGUUGGUCAUCAUUGGGCAAAUCUGUUCAGGGUGAAACUCUGCAGAAUGAUGACCUGUUUUGUGAUGGCAUGAAACCCCUUUUAGAAACCUGAAUGUGAAUUGCUAGUGCUGCUUUCACAUUGAAAUGGUAACCCUCAUCGGAACCUUUUUAUUUUAUAUAUAUAUAUAUAUAUAUAUAUAUAUAUAUAUAUAUAUGUUAGACAUUUGGGAGGUCAGAAUCCUCCCCAGUUUAAGAGAAAAACAAAAUGAAUGGGAAAUGAAUGGGUUAUUUUAAAUGUCGUUUUUAUCAAGACACAAUCUGCUAAAGUUGAAUUAUCAAAUAUCUAAGUUUUGAAAUUAAAAGUACAUGAAAAAUUGAAAGAAAUUUUGACUUGUUUCUACUAGUACAAAAAUAUAAUUCUAUGUAUUAUACUGUACGUAUCAUAAACCCAAAGGAACUGGUGAGGUUGAAGUUACUGGAGCAUUUUGAACUGAGAGUCAAAAAGGUAGUUUAGUAAGAAGGGUAUGCAGGCUCGGGAUGUAAACUGUGACACCUGGAGAAAAGCAAAUUAAAACAGGUUUGAGUCUACGUGUAAUGCACUGGUGUGUCAGAUUGUUUUACAUUGUUGUAAAAUGCUCUACAACAUGAAAGCAGCAUCGCAGCCUGGCACUAUCUAAAAAGUUUUCAUUUCCUCAAUUCUCUCCAUUCUUUGUGAAAUGUAUUUUGAAAUUCCCAUAGUCUCUACAGAACGUUUUAUUUUGCUUCAUAGGAUGCACGGAGAUCCACAAAGUGAAUUUCUAUGGAUCUACAUGCAUACCGAGCUGUAGAAAGAAAUAUAGGGGUUCCGCGGAAAUGUUACUUGCAGGAUUUCCAUGUACACACCAGAGACUAAACAAAUCAGAGAAAGGGUCUUUUUAUGUGCCUGACUGCACGUAAUGUGCUGUGUUUCUGUACCUAUGGAUUGACAAACAAAUAAAGACUAGUGCCUCUUAGCCAAAUGUUCCCAUGUUUGAGUUCCCCUGAAUCGUUCGCUGGUCUGUAUAGGUUUGCUGUUGUACAGCCGGCAGCAGCACUGGUGUGGAGGGCUUGCCAGGCCAUGCCCUACACAGAUGGUGGUCCUGCAAUAAGACCGAGGAGACUGUUUUUCAGAAGUCAGCACUUUAGUUCUGUUGGCACUGCCCUGUAGCAUGAAUUCUGGUGGCCUGACUGCUUGCCAUGACAAUCAAAUGGUGUCCCUGUGCUUCUUGUGGUGGUGGAGGGGCUUGACCUAUAUUAAAAUCAUUGUAGCUAAUCAAGUUAUUUCAUAAUCAACCCUGUUUUGCACAUUAGCUACAUAAGUCUCAAAUGUGCAGUUUAGGAAGAAAUGUUAAGCAAACCUGUAUUUUCAUAAAAAAUAUAAAUCUGGUACCACACAAGGUUCAAGAAAAAUCUCAGAUUCCAAUCUUAUUCUCUGAAAUUCUGUUACACUUCCUGGGUUAUUUCACCUCAGAAGUGUCUUCUGGGUCGAAGUAUUUUACUGACAGUCAGUAGGGGGAGCAGCUAGUUAGUUAAUGACAGGAAAGAAGCCGAGAAAUUAGUGGGGUGAACUAUUUUAUCCUCCAGGUGAAAUCACCAGAAUGUGCAGCUCUAUCUAACCUGCAGUCGUACCAGAUAUCAUAGAUUAACUAGGUUUACUAAUGUGUUUCUUUCAAAACUUCACAUUCUAAGACCUAUAGAACUGCUAAAACUGAAGGGAUUAUUUUGUCAGCUGUAAACUGGUGUUUUGUGUAAAUCUUCUUAAGUUCUGUCUUGUAUUCACACAGACUCAUGCAGCUGUAAUGUUAUAACAACAUAAUGAUAUAACAAGGAUAAAUCCACAAUUCACAACACUGAUUGUGUAAAAUGAAAAAAAAAAAACAUGUUUAUUUCAUGUUUUGCAAAUUAAAUGUAUGUUUUUCUCCUUUUAGAAAAGAAAAUGCUGAGUAAAAAGCCUUUGUGAAUUUCACCCUCAGUAUUAAGUAAAUACUAAUGUUCAGGGCAACUUUGCCUGAGAA